AUGAUGAAUAAUACUACCGAAUACCCAUCUCAAAUAACUGAAACUAUUUAAGGAAUUACUUUUUCGAGUGCAUUUGAUUCUGGUAAUCUGAAGAGUGUUCGCAGAGAAAAUAGUGGAAGAGUAAGUAAAUUUUAACAUUAUUAAGUACAUCCUUAAUAUAUCAAGUGAUUGGGGUAUAAAUGGUAGGACAACUAAUUAUAGAACAUGGUUUUAUUUCUCAGUGUCUGGAGUAAAUGAAGGAGAACUUACAUUUGUUAUUGCCAAUCUCUAAAACCAAGUAAAUAAUAAGAUCAGCUUUUUAGAUGGGACUUUUCAAAGAUGGAAUGUAACCUGUCUUUAGAAAUUGUCAUUCAUCUUAAUGGGAGAGAUUAAAAUAGCCAUGUUAUUAUCGCUUAGUACCUGAGGGUCAUUUUGAAAUCACCUUUAAGCAUCUAUUUCUUAAUGAUUCAACAGUUUAUUUUGCUUUUUUUUAUCCAUGGAGUUGUGAAGACAAUGAUGUAUUUAAAAUAAAUAGUUUUAGAAUUUUCUAUAACUAUGUUAAGCUAUGUCUCUUUAAGUAACUGACAUUUAUUAUGAUAAUUCAAUAUUGGCUUACUCAAAAGAGGGUAGACCUAUUAAUCUAAUAACAAUAACACAUGGUUCAUCUUAAAUCAAAGAAGAACCUAUACCUGGUUUAUUCCCAUAAAGUAGACCUUAGCAUUUCAAGAAACCACACAUUUUUAUUUCUGCUAGAGUUCAUCCUGGAGAAGUACCAGGAUCUUUUGUUAAUAAUGGAUUGAUGAAGUAUCUACUCAAUGCACAUGAUCCAGUAGCAUAAGUAGCAAGGGAGAAGUUUGUUUGGAGUAUUGUUCCAAUAAUUAAUCCUGAUGGAGUAUAUAGAGGACAUUAUAGAACUGAUUCUUUAUGUUAAAAUCUAAAUCGAUAUUAUCUAUCACCAUCAAAGGAGGAUCAUCCAACUAUUUAUGCAAUUAAAGAAUAUAUAAUGAGACUUUAAAAUACAGAUAGACUUUAUGGAUAUAUUGAUUUACAUGCUCAUGCUGGUCAUAAAGGAGUAUUUAUUUAUGGAAAUUAAUUACCAUCUUUAAGUUAACAUACAACAAAUUGCAUAAUUCCAAGAUUGAUUAGUUUAUAUUCAGAAAUCUUUGAUUAUGAUGCAUGCAACUUUACUGAAAAAAAUAUGUAUGCUGCUGAUAAAGGAGAUGGAUUAAGUAAGGAAGGUUCUGGAAGAGUGGCAUUUUAUAAGAUUUGUGGAAUUCUUCAUAGUUAUACUUUAGAAUGUAAUUAUAAUACAGGAAGGAUUACGAAUAUUAUGUAUGAAUAGAGUGGAAGUAAACUUAAUAUUAAAUUUAAGAUAGUUCAUAUAAAGAUGAAUAAUUGGAUGAUAAUAUUAUUUUGGGAUCUGUUUACACUUCGAAUCCGAAAUCAUAUUUUUUUUCAAUUUAAGAUUAUGAAUAAGUAGGAGUUGGAAUAGUAAAUGCAUUUUUAGAUUUUAAUCUUAUUAAUCCUAUGAGUAGAUUAUCAGCUUCUCCCUUUAAGACCUUAGCUAAUUUGAGAACAUUUUUAGCAUAUAAUAUUAUGAGAACAAUGCAUUAUAGAUAUGAACCAUAUUUAAGGAAAGUUUUAAAGUAAAUAAAUGAUAAAUUAUAAAGGUUUAUUAAUAAUAAAGAAUAAUUGAAUAGAGUAUUGAAAGCUUUUUAUGAUUAUAUAUGUAAUGGAUAGAUUAAAGAUAAUUUAGAAGGUAGUUAAGAAGUUGUUACAUAAAAACCCUAAACAAGAUAUUAAAAGGCCUAGGAAAUUAAGAAAGAAAAAUAAGAGAAAUAAGAAAAGUAAAAAUAAUAACAAUAAUAAUAAUCUUAAAAAUAAUAAUAGUAAUAAUAAUAACAAUAAUAAUAAUAAUAAUAAUAAUAAUAAUAAUAAUAAUAAUAAUAACAAUAAUAAUAAUAAUAAUAAUCAUAAAAAUAAUAAUUCAGAAGGUCAUAAUAUGAAUAAGUUCCUGUUAAAUAAUAUCCAUUCUCUGAAGUAGAUUUAGAUGCAAGAUAAAUGAGAACUUAAAGUUAAGGCAAGACAAGGGCUAGAUCUGAAACUAAAUAAUAAUAAGUUUAAUAAUAAUAAAAAGUACAGAGAGCAUUUAAAAUAAAAAGAAAUGUGAAAAUAUGA